ACAAACUGGAGAUGUCACGCUUUCAUGUUUUGCGCAAUUAAGCAAUUCCUCGUGAGCGGAUUUUCAACCCUAAUGUGCAAAUAAAUAAAAGCUCAAAUGGCUUUUUUAUGUUUUCUCUUCAGUUCUCUGCUUCUCAGUCGUGCAAAACCAAUUUCAAGUCCGUGUUGUAGGUGUCGCUGUUGACCACGUCUGCAUCCGCAGUGCGAGCGCGUGCGGGGCGAGGAGGCUGCGUCUCAAGGCCAUUUUCAAAUCUCAUUGGUGGGUUUGUCAUGUGGUCUGGAGGCAUCCUGACUUACAGAUUGUUUUUUCUAGAUAUGUCAGCUUACAAAGGACAUCUCUCUCCUCUUAAGAACUUAACCACAAAAAUGUCCUUCUCCAGUAGCUCUCCUGCGGCAAACCCGUUUUUAGUGGACUCUUUAAUUGGUGCGUGCAGGACGGACAGCUUCUACUCCAACAGCAACAUGUACAUGCCGCCCGGCUCAGACAUGGGAAGCUACGGAAUGCAAACCUGUGGACUUCUGUCGUCUUUCGGCAAAAGAGGGGAGGUCAGCCACCAAAACACGGGCAUGAACGUCCACUCCUACAUACCUCAGAUAGAUAACUGGUCUGAUCCGAGCAGAACCUGCAGGAUAGAGGCGCCCGGUCAGAUGUCAAACUGCACAUUUUCACAGAGCAUAAAGGAAGAGGGCAACUGCUGCAUGUAUUCUGAUAAAAGAAUCCAAAAAGUCAGCUCCCCAGAGAUCCCCGCGUACUCCAGCGUUGUUGCCGAACCCUGCCCCGUCGAGGGUCCAGAAGUCCCAGUUCCGGGCUAUUUCAGACUGAGCCAAACUUACGCGAACGGAAAGCAACCGGAAAACUUCUGCCAUGCCCCGCCGAGCCCGAACCUCCUGCAGCUCAGCCGGGUCACCCCAAAGCUGCAGCAGCCCUCCUCUGGCUUUGCAGAGGUGGAGAAGAAAAGCCAAGACGCAGCACAACCCGCGGAGAGCACAAGAACUCCGGUCCCCGCAGAGAGCCCGGAUCCAAAGUCCAGUUCGGAGGAGAAGAACUGCUCGGGGGAAGCCCCGGUGUCCAGCCCUGAACCGCAGAAGGAAGGGAAAGACUGCAGGAGUGACUCCCUCACAAACAACUGGCUAACGGCGAAAAGUGGCAGGAAGAAACGGUGCCCGUACACAAAGCACCAGACCUUGGAGUUGGAAAAGGAGUUUCUCUUCAACAUGUACCUGACCCGGGAGCGCCGCCUAGAGAUCAGCAGGAGCGUCAACCUGACCGACAGGCAGGUCAAGAUCUGGUUCCAGAACCGCAGGAUGAAACUCAAGAAAAUGAACCGGGAAAACCGCAUCCGAGAACUGACCUCAACCCUCACCUUUUCUUGAGCUCGCCGUGCGCCAGCGGUUAGCCACCACAGCUCCUUGGUGGCGUCGGACGUUUUAUCUGAAUUUUCAACAAAGCUGUGACUAUUUGAAGUUGUGUGGCGUCGUGUUUUCGUUUCCUUUUAUCACAGGGUAACACUUUUUUGGUCUUAAAUUAUUGGUGAACCAUUUCUCCUCUCUGCCAGCAGACAUGUGGGAGUGGAGAGGGUUGCUCCACUGCAGUCACGAGAACACAUUUAUCGUGUUUGGUGCAAAAAAAAUGUUUGUGUCUGUGGGCUUCUUAGUGCUGGCAAACAAUGUAAAACUGCGGAUUUAUUGCAUGUUUGUUGCAUGUAUAUCUUGCAAUAAAAAUAUUGUUGGGAAAUAUAGUUUAUUUUUGAUAAGAAUGCUGUGUGUAUUUGGAGCGAUUUUGAUUCAAAAAUGUAGUUUUUCUUAACAGAAUUUCAAAUUUUGCCCUCAGAAUGUGGUUGGAUAACUUAACUGAAAUUAUAAAUAAUAAGAAAAUACUUAUGCUUUUGUAAGUACAUAAACUCUUAAAUACAUUAAUAUCUGAAAGGAGUUUUUAGCUCUAUUUUUAUUUAUUUGGCACAAGUGAAAUAAAAAAUUGAAGAAAAAAAUUGCGCUUAAACCAUUUCGAAUACUUUAAUUAUUUUUCAUCUAUUAGUUAUAAAAAAAAUGUUCAAACUCAUUCCUUUAUACUUUCCCUAAGAAGCAGCAGGGAAUUUUAAGAGGCGGAGUUUACUUGUGUAACCAAAAAAACAUGUUCUCCUUGGGAUAAUCAGGGUUGUUUAUGAACUAUAUUAUUCCGUUUUCUGACGGCGAAAGGUUCAAACACAACUUCAGAGGAGCAGUGAGAGUCGUUCCUUCUGCUUUCCAGGCCUAUCCCGCCCCCAGUACUUUUACAAAACACCACAUUUUGACCUAAAAGUAAAACAGUAAACUGCUAGUGUGAAAAAUUAAGAAAAAAGUAAAAAAAAAA